GAUCAGUUCAGAUUCUCCAUAAGCGCUAUAGAGGGUGAGUAAAAUAUAUUUAUGGUACACAUACAAAUACAUAAGUUAACAGAAUGUAUAUAUAAUUAUAAUACCUGAAUAAAUUCAACAAAAAGUAUAUACAUAUAAAGUUUCACUGAUCCUAGGAGCCAGUGCUCAAUAUAAUGCAUAAAAUAUGCAGAGCAAAAUACAAGUGCAAAGGAUGAAAAUAUUAUUUUAAUCUUUUUAGAGUAGAGCUUUUAGUCUGGUGAUUGCCUAGUGCGUGAAACUCCGAGUUACAACUUAAUUUUCAUCCUUUGCACUUGUAUAAUACCUGAAUAUGUAGUACAACAGUUUUAUUUAGCCGAUCCUUCCAAUAAGCACUACCUUUCAAGUUUUUUGUUGUUUAAUUCAGUGGAACCUCAAUAUACAUGUAACAAACCUCUAUAAAUUGUAAUGAAAUCCUAGGUAUGACGAACAAUAUUUUUCAUCCCAAAAUAACUCCAAAGAAAAGGUUCUUAUGGGAGCUCGAGAAAAUAAAGUUCAAAUUUCACAGGAAUUGUUAAAAAAAAACGGUAAAAUUGUCUUGCAUAAGAUUUCGUUUUGUGAAAUUUGAAGCUUUCAAAGUUUGUUUUCUUGGGCUCUCACAGGAACCUUUUGUUUGGAGUUAUUUUUUAUAACUUAUUACAUUUAGAAGAUUCUGCCAACUUUGUAGUUAUUUAUCUAAGUUUACAAAAUUUGUCUAAGCUUUAAAGAAAUCUUUUGACAGAUGAUUUUUAAAAACUUUUAGUUGUUUGCCAAGUGUUCUAAACUUUAUUCUCCAAAAUUGAUAAAACAGAACCUGAUGACAUUCCUGAAAUAAAUAAUCCUUGAUAAACGAGAGAAAAAAUUGUGAUUGGCAUUGCAAAAUAAUGGUUUUGACACACUUUUAGUGCACGAUGGUCAAUUUUGUUGUGGUUUUUAAACAAACUAGAAUUUGGUGAGGUUAAAAUUUUCCUGAUAUUUCAGUCAAGUGUGCCAAAUUUUUUUUGCCGCCUAGGGUGAUUUAACACAUACAGGCUAAUCAUUCUUGAUAACCUUUGUCAGGGCACCUUUAAACAGAGAUUCAUGAAAAUAUGUAUCACUGAUAUUAUAGUAAUUAACUUACAAUAAAAUUCCAGAAUGCAGACAAGUCCAGUUAUGUCUUGCUUCAUUGCAUACCUUCAGAUAUUCAGGAAGAGAAAAUUUAAAAAUGACUUUGGUUUACCAAUUAAUAUGUGGGUAAAAUAUACUUUGAACAAAAUGUGAACCCUUUUUCAUUUUACUGGAUAUUUGCUCUAUAUAGGUUUUGUGCAUGCAUCUCAGUUUUGACAGUUUUUUUUAGUGAAAGUGAAUUCCACGUUAAGCUUUGUUUAACAUACAUGUACAAAGAUAACAUAAUUGACCAGCUUCCACGUUCUGUUUCAUAUAAGAAAUCAACUGAUAAGAUUGGGGGUAUCAUGAAACACAUGUUUAGUUGACAUUUUCUGACACCAACUUGUUUCUGAAUGUAGGCAGCCGUUGCUCCUUAAAUGCAAUAUGCAUUACCAAAAAACAUUUUUUUUCUUUUCUCUUUUUUUCUUUUCUUUUGAUUUUUCCUUUUUGGGCAGUUGUCACUUUCUACGGUUUUCAUGUUUUUCUUUAUUUGGUUUGUAUUUUGUGAAGUUAUUGAAAUACAAGAUAUCAGCUCUGCCGAGGUUUUAGUUACUCACACAGUUGAUAGGGUUAAAAAGUUUGCUUUCUCAGUUUGACCUCAUGAUCAGUCCCUGUAAAUUGGUUAUAAUAACAUAUAGAGAUUCAAAGCAGGCCAUCUGUAUAGGGACUGGUGUAUUUGAAGGCAGCCUCACCAGUCCUUACAGGCUGAUUUAGAAAUUUGCCUACUUUGUCUUAACCUCAAUGUCUUUGUCGCAAAUACAAUGUAUGUACAGCUUUGUUCUUUUAAUACAGUGGAACCUUGAUUUAUCAUUAUACUUCUCAGUAUAAUUAGUGAUUGUAUUUGACCCAGUAAUAGUGAAAUAUAUGGAAAAGAACAUCGAUAUUAUGAAACCUUGUUAUAGCGAAAAUAUUUUGCCAGUCCCUUGGCCACUGGUUAUAUUGACAUUUCACUGUAUUAAUGUCUUAACCCUUUAAGCCCCAAUAUCCACGUAUAAAUUCUCCAUACUGACCUUCAUUCAUUUCCUUAAAAAAAUAGUUGAGAGAGUUUGAUAACAGAUCAAAGCAUUUUUCCUUUGGGGAACAUUUUAUUAACUCUGAUAAUGAUUUUUCUUGGCAACAUAUGGAUAUUGUUGGGAGAAAAUUGAUGUUGGUCACUAUCGGGACUCAAAGGGUUAAACUGCUGCCCACGUGAACUUAAGGAUGCUCGUGAUACCUGUUUCCUUCGGAAUAAAGCCAUUGAAGCUAUUGGCUGCCUUCUAGCAUGUCUCAUGACUUUAUAAUGUGCAUCAUUUUGAAUUAUUAUUAUUCUAUACUAAUUAGUAGACAGUUCAGAAGCUUCGUGUACACUUUGCGGGUCACUAUAUUUUCUUCAGAAAUGUCUGGAAAGGAAAGACUGGGCUGGAUAUUUGCUCAAGGGGAAGGGGUAGGAGAAGAGGGGUGCUACUGGAAAAUGUGAGAGGGGGAGUAUCACAUGCAUGCUAAAACCCAUAUUCCAUAUUGCCAUAUUCCAGACCAGAACCUGACUGUUCUGUAGAGCCAUACCUACACCUACCAACACAUACCUACACAGGGUUUUGGCUCCUGACCUACAUUAAUGGCUUAUUUAAGAAAGCGCCCCCCCCCUCCCCGGUACAUUUGACAUUAUAAUCUGUGAAAAGCACAUGUUAUCUUAUCUUUUAAAUCAGAAAAUAGGUAAAGAGUUUUGGAAAAAGUUAAUUAUCAAGACCUAUUUGUCAGCAGAAAUCAUCAUAUACAUGUAAUAUUCGUUUCAAUUUUUUUUCUUUUUUGUCAUGCCUGGAUAAACGUUAUUCAUAUAAAUUGCAUUAUCGCCUAUAUCAACAACAGUAAAACAAGUUCCAAAAUAAUUCUCUUGUUUGAUUGUGUGACGCGAUAAUCCUAUUAAAGAAUUUCACAGCAUGAGGAUUACAUCACUGCAAAUCCUGCUGGUGAUGUUAAACAUUACUUGAAAUUUAAUCUUUUAAUUAACUAUUGUUAUCCUAGCGGCUGGGAAGCUGGCAGAUGAAGUAAAAAUAUAACAUAGUACAUGCCAUUAACAACGCAGUUUUGUUCUGAAACUGUCUCUCCAAUUAUUGUUUCUAGAGGAUUGAAAAUACAUUUUCUAGGAUCUUAAAAAGCAGAUUAUUGCAAACAGGAACGUGGAGAUAAUUCUGCAUGCUCAUUUUCAGACAGGAUGUGAUCUUUGUGCAUUGUCAACUGAUAUUCUGAAAUAUUAUCCCCGUUGUUGUUUAUUUUGCUAAGCCAUGCUUCUGAUAUGUUAAAGCAUUCAAUGGACUUGAACUGAGACCAAGAUAGGCUUUUUCAUGCUUAGGAAAACUGUUUAAAAUUUCCUUUCAUUUUCUGGUUCCAUUUCAACAAGGUAGUUGUCCUCGAUGUAGGUGUUAACAAACAUCUUUCUUCUUGUUGAUAUCAGCCGUGAUCUUAAAAUGAAAUUGCAUGAUGAAAUACGUUUGCUUCUAUAACACUCUGUUUGUAAUUAAUAAGUGUCACUGUGGAGUACUGAUAUGAAAAUAUCUGAAUUUAUGAACAGGAACUGGAGAGGUCGACCUUGAUGCUUUAUUAGAGGAUCUAUGUAUUAUGGAAAAAGACAUGAAUUCUGGCAGUGAAAAAGAGUCCGUACUUUCACCCAGCCCUGGAGGAAAUUCACCCAUCUCACCAACAGUGAAGGUACAGAACUUUAAUCUAGAACGUACAUAGACUUUUAGAAAGCAUAAGUGACCUCUACGUUUGUGAAAUGAAAUUUAGAACAGUCAACACAGUGACGGAAUAUCUUUUCUAUAAAUAUAUUGUGAUUUAGUUUUUACGUUCUAAACACUUCAUUAUAAUAAGCUUACCAUAAUUGAACAAAUCCUCUGGUCCCCCAGUGGUUGACCAAAAUUGAAGAAAAUCAAUGUCUGAUCAGCAUUACAGUGCAGAUGGCAUUGGCUAAAAGUGUGUGAGAUGGAAUUUAGAACACAAUGCCAGAAUAGAUGUUUAUAAAUUAUUAUACGUUUUACUUUCCUAACACUUCACUGUAAGCUUACAAUAAUUGAAUCCGUCAGCUUUGUAAGAAUUUUUAGUAAGAUGAUUCCGUAAAUAUUGAUGGUGUUGUAUUCUCAGAAAAAGUGUUCAAAAAAAAAUGUUUUACAACUGUUUCCCGUUAGUCUGGUGCAAAGUAAAUAUCUUUAUCAUGAGCAGCAAAAACUGAAGGAAGAGAUUCUUUCAAUUCCAGCAUGCAACGGUAUUUACAAGAGUCAUGUUUACUUAAUAAGAGAAGAAAAUAGUUUUGCCGAUUUUCUAUACAUUUUUCAGUUUGAUUUUUAUAUAUAGAGGAUAUUACACGGUGGCGCAAAGAUAUGAAUUUUAUUUUCGAGUGGCAAAACAAUAUUUUACGAACGAGCGCAGCGAGUGAGUAAAAUAUUGUUUUUGCCACGAGAAAAUAAAAUUCAUAUCUUCAAGCCGCCGUGUAACGUUCUUUUCAUUACAAUGACAAAAUAUAAGGAAAGCUUUGAAAAAUGUGUAAGUAAAAUUCAAAAGACGCAAGAUGCCUACAAAUUUCGAAGGGAAAUUACCGAAAUUACGGUAAACUCACGUGUGAGAUUAUGGAAAAUAAACCACUCGGGUCCCGGAUGUAUUUUUUAUAAAUUUUACGAGUGGUAUAUUUUCCAGUAAAACACUCGUGUCUAUAUAAUGAAUUUAUUUAUUUUUCGCAAAAAUAAUUCCAACAUUUUCAGAUUAAUAAUUAUUGUGCCCAACAAGGAUUUUAUAUACCCUCCAUUACAUCUGGUUUCUUAUUUUGUUUAUUUUCUUACUUUGAAAACAAUAAAAAUUAAUUUAUAAAAUUAGGGGAUGAUCAUUAACGAAUUAGGGUCGCCAAUGAAAUAUAACGAGUCAGGGAAAAUGAUUUGAAAUCUGUUUAAGGGCUCUGCCCAACGUCUUGCGCCCUGUGUACCACAUUAUUGGUUACACAACAUGUGAGAAAAAAAAUAUAUUCUUACAACAAAAAAGCCGGGUCCGACUUAUAAGAAUAAAAAAACGGCUAAAAUCCGACUUUUAUAAGAACAUAAUAAGAAUUUAAUAUCGAAUACUGUAAAGGGUUUUAGAAUAUAUUGGGGUAUCAAGUAUAGUUAGUGCAGGUUUUUGCGCCUUGUUGGCAAGUUUCGCCGUUCAGAGGAUGGAAUAAGUUGAAAACAUAAUUGUGUGGUAUUUACAGUUUUUGAACACACAAAAUCACAUCCUUUUCAAAACCUCAGCCUGGGGUUUAUUCUUAAAAUAUUCUUAAAAUUUCGCAAAUUUCAGCCUCGAUAUUCUUAUAAAAUAUAUUCUUAUAGAAAAAAAAGAGUGUAGACCAACUCAUUUUCUGCAGGUGUGCUAGUUUUAAUUGUAAACGUUGUUGUCCACUUCUUUAAUUAACGUCAACUGCCGCUAAUAAGCCCUGGGCUUAUACGUCUUCGUAAAAGGUUUUAGGAGGGCUUAUAAACUGAGGGGCUUAUAUUCAAGGGGGCUUAUCCCUUUAAGCCCCAAUAUCCACAUACAAAUUCUCCAAACUGAUCUCCAUACAUUUCCUUGAAGAAUUAGGUGAGAGAAUUGGUAAAAGAUCAAAUAUUUUUCUCUUUGUGAUCAUUUUGUUAAUUCUCAUAGACUUUUCUCAUGAUAGUCUAUGGAUAUCGUUAGGAGAAAAUUGAUUUUGAGCACUAUUGGGACUUAAAGGGUUAUAACAGGACUAGAAAAAAGCGGUUCAAAACAAGCGACAUACAUGUAUAGCAUUGCUGAUCAAAAUACGUUUUGCGUGGGCUUAUAACUGAGAGAGCUUAUCUGUGGCAGUUUACAGUACUUGCAACUAGAACCACUUUUUUUUUUCAACACCGUCUGCUGCCCCUGUACCACUUAUUACCUCAUUUAUUUAACGGUCAUGUACAACUUUCAGAACUAACUGGAAGGGGUGGAUCUUUCAAACCACACCCAAAUCCAGAGCGGCUCAAUCAAAGGGUCCAAAGAACAACGCAAAAAGCAUGAAGCUUUGAACCAGAAGUAAUUUGUAUAGACUUCCAAAAAAGUCCUUCGUCGGAUUUCAUAUGGCGGUCCAUAAUUUGUAGAGUAGUUCCAGUUCCACUUCGUACAUGAACUUCCUUAGCAAAAAUUAGUAUCACAUUUUUAUUUUAUCCUUAUACUGACAGCAUCUCCUAAUCGAGCACUUUCCCUGCCAAGCAAGUGUUUCCGCACGAACUUUCGCGCACUAAUUCGAGCGGAAACGCUUGUUUCACAGGCUAUGGUCAUGUACAUGUAUCAUGCCAAGACCCAUUAUGUCUCUUGAUCGUACACUAUCCAUUUGACCGUGCCUUGUGUCACACUCUACCCAUAUUACACAAAGCCUACCCCAUUGUCACCCAUUCAGUGUUGGAUUACUACUAGUCUGCGAGCAGUCUCUCCUUUUCUUCAGUUUUAGCGAGGGGAGUGUACGCGCGGGAGCGUCAAGCGGCUAAGCCACAAGUCACUCGCGUGGUCAUUUUCGCGUCUGGCGCGUUUUCCUCGGCGGACUAAGAAAAAAGAGAGACUGUUUAAUUGCAGUAUAGAUUACUACCUGCACUGCUAUGCUGGGCAGCAAAUCUUGGAGUCUUUUCCUUCUGCAUUCUGUUGUAAGGUGAUAGUUAUUAUGUGGUAUAUACGAACAUAUAUAUUUCUUUUGGACCCUAGGUGUCAAAAGAUGUUCUCACUCGACUGGAAAGUGUUCAAGAGGAAACACGAGAAAUGACUCUAGUGAGUAUCGCAGUUUAUGCGGAGUUCAUUGCCUGCGGAAUAAGCACAGUGGAUCCCACUCUACGGGCGCCUUCUUAAUAUGGACAGCCGUAUAUAAGGGACAGUUUCGUUUGUCCCAACCAAAGCUCAUAUCUUUUCUUGAUUAAUUUUAAAAUAUUUAUAACUAUAGAUAAUUAUAGAUAUUUUUUCGUAUAAAUGUUCAUCAUAAACCUUUAUAGUUGCCGGAAGUUCUAAUAUUUGAAGAACUUCAUUUAAAUUUUAGUUCAUUGAUUCCAUCGCAGGAGGAACAGCAAGAGCGGAUCAAGGCAGAAAAAAUACGAAUUGCGUUGGAAAAGCUCCGAGCUGCCAGGGUUAAAAAGUUGGUUGUUAAAGUGUAUAACGAUGAUGAUCCGACGUCUAAAACUGUAGCUAUUGAUCAAACUUGGACGGCCUGGGAAGUCUGCAAGAAGAUGAUGCGUAAAAAUGAUUCCGAGCCCGAUCCCAAUUGGGUUUUGAUUGAAAGAAUUCCUCAGCUCAGUAUAGGUUGGUGCUUGUGAUUGUAGAACCUCUCUGUUCCGCCGAGGCUCCGCUGAGAUUCCAAGAAAAAACAUUUUAACCCUUUCACUGCCAAAUUUAGCCAAAAGCAAAUUUCGACCAAAUUUCCAAAUGUCAUUUUGUGAAAUUUUGAAAAACAAAUAGCACCAUGUGUAAGUACAGGCAGAGAGGUUUCAUUUGAAUGGUCACUUUAUGGGAUUUGGUCCACAGACUCAAAAGUUACAGUCACCUUACAAAACUCCAUCAAGUACUCUGGCCGUGAAAGGGUUAAAAAAAAUACUAAGCGCGGACGAAAAUGUUUGAUCGUUUACCCGGGUCUAAAGAAAACAGGAAUCAUCAACAAACAGGCCACCGAGGGAGUAAAGCUACGGAAAACGAGCAACAAAACCGUGUAACUUGUUUUGUGCACUCACGUUUAAACCUGCCUGCCACAAAUCAGGUUGUUGCGAGUUGCGCGAAUACUCACCCUUGAUUGCCUAAAAUUUCACGGGAGCCGGGGGUUAUGCCAUAGACAGAAUUUACGUCACUUGCUGCAAAACAAGUUUGCCUUGGGCCGGUAAAACGCGCAACAUGGACAGGUUUUGUUGCAAAUAUUACAACUUCUUCCUACUCUCUGCAGCAACUUUCCGCAACCUGCACCAAGCUGAUUUGUUGCCUGACAAGUUUGAUUCGUGGGUGUAAAACACGCGAGAGGAAAUCGCUAUUCAAUUCGUUUUGCAGCAAUGUUGAAAAACGGGUUGCACGUUUUUGUUGCCUGUUUUCCCGUACCUUGACUUCCACGUUAAUUUUAUUGGUAUUUUGAUCCUUAGAACGUCUUCUGGAGGAUCACGAGUCAGUAGUGGAUGUUGUUUCCAGCUGGCCAUGGGAUUCACAAAACAAACUAAUACUUAAUAACAGAAGAGAAAAGUACGCCGUGUUCAGAAAUCCACAGGUCUGUAUUCUCAUCAGGGGGGGAAAACGCCGGUUGUAAAAAAGUCCGCAUAAUUAGAACACCGCCUUUGUAUUUAUUGAACACGCUUAACCGUUUAAGCCCCAACAUCAACAUGCAUCUUCUCCACACUGUUCUUCAUACAUUCCUUGUGGUACUGCUUGAGAGAAUUUGUCCUUUCAUGUUUGGUGAUCAUUUCAUUAAUUCUCAUGAUCUGUCUGUUUGAUCAGACAGUGUUUCUUUGGGGGGAAAUUGGCGGAUGUGGGUCACUGUUGGUGGCUUAAAGGGUUAACCCGUGAAGCCUCCUGGGAGCAGAGCCUCCUUUUAUUUUCUUGUCGAUCGAGGAGGAUAUAAGGAUGUUUUGCCCGAAUCACGUCAAGCCUUUGAAAUCGCCGCAGCCCAUACUUCUGGACUAGUCAAUAUUGUUUCCUCUGGUUGGUUUUUCGAGCGCCAGCGCCUGUUUAUUGAUAGACCGAUGGUCAUAACUAGACCCACUAUACCAAGCGCGCACAGCUAUUAGGCCAGGGAUCGAAACUAUAUCCAAGCAACUUGCAGCGCAUGCUCAACAAAGAUCUUGAUUCAUGCAGAGUCUUUCUCGAGUAUGCCAAAGUCGACCGAGUUGAAGAAAGUCUCCUCUGGCAGGUUGCUGGUUAAUGUUCGGCUGAAAUUCAUUUCCGUUAAACGAGCCUGCCUGGCUCAUAUAAUCGGUCCAACAUUUACAUGUAGCCCUUUAUUAAUUUUGGUCAUGCUGUUGUGGAAGCUUAUGUCAAUUCUUUGUUCCCUUGCAGAAUUUUCUGUUGAGUAGUGAUACAUCACUUGGUGCAGCACAAUUAGCAGAGAAAAGUAAAGACAUCUUGCUACAGGUACAUUGUAAUUAUUUUCCAGCCAAAAUAUUGGCUUGAGUGGGCUCAAAGCAAAAACGAGGCAGAGAGAGAGAAAAUUUGUGCAAAUUUCUUUGAAGAACAGUGCACUCAAAACCACGCACAGUACCUUUCGGGAUUGUCGCGUACACUUUCUCCGACAACCUUUUCCGAAAUAGCUGUAUAUAGUAAGGUUAUCCUGGAAAAGUCAAAGGGACGUAGCCUCAGUUGUAAAGUUAAACUUUUGUUUUACAUCUUGUAUCUCUUUUCUUUGGUAUAGGAGUUCUUUCAAAAAGAUUCCACGAGGCUGCCUGAACUGGAUGGGACAUUAUAUCUUAAGGAAGGGAAAAAGUCGUGGAAAAAGCAUUAUUUUGUGCUGAGAGCUUCUGGCAUCUAUUACACACCUAAAGGAAAAACCAAGGUAAUUGGCAAGAGCAAAGCGCACCCAUGACGCUUACAGUGUCUUAUAGAGUUUGCUAGAGGCUUUAACCCUUGAAACCCUAAGAUCAAAAUUUGAAUUCUCAUUUUUUGCCCCUAUUCAUUUCCUAGAGAAGUAGUGGGGAGAAGUUGUGUGAUCAUGUCCUUAAUCCUCAUGACGACUCUGUUUUACCAAGCAUUGAUAUUACAAGGAGAUAGUUGACGCUGAUCCCUCUUAGGGCUUAAAGGGUUCGUGUAAUAGACCUUUAGAUUCUAAGACGAGGACGACUACGAGGACGAGAUUUUCUCUAUACUUGGUACUGCGCGCGCGUGAGACAGCGUCAUUUUGGCGGGAAACGUGGUAGCCGUCGUCAUUAGUAAUUUUACUGCACGAGAAUCAGUGAGAAUGUCGCCGUGGCAGAAAUAAGUUCUAAUAAAUUAUGGUAGAAGUUUAAUCAUUUUGUGAUAGGGAGAUCGCUGAACCUCCUUCAAAAUCAUGUUGGUGUUCCAAACAAAUGAUGUGGGAUUUGAACCUUUUUUUUGUAUGUAAACGCUUUCUUUUGUUCCAAAAGAAUUUGCGUAUCUGCUGUCCAAACAAGGUUUGCGAUUGGCUGGGAAAACAAUAGGGAUGGUGAAAUAACAAUGCCCCUAUCCCUGAAAACAAUAGGUAGUGAAGGUUAUAGGGACCUAUGAAAUAAGAGGUUUAGAUGGGUGCAGGUCAAUCGGCCCAUGUGAGUGUAAACGCCCUAUUGUUAUCAGGCACAUUUUGGUAAUGAAGUACUUCUCUUUCCUCUCUGUAGUCUUCACGAGAUAUUGUUUGUUUGAUGAAGUUUGAACAUGUAUCCAUUUACAAUGGCAUUGGAUUCAAGAAGAAGCUUAAAGCUCCAACAGAUAACUGCUUUGUCUUGAAGGUACAUGAUUCUUGUAUACUGAGAUGCACGACUGAAGUGAUUUAUCGCUUUCUACCGAAAGCACAACAAAUUAUUUAUGUCUAGCAUAAAUUGAACAGUCUUCGACUUGUUAUUCUAUAAAACCCUUUAGUUAGUUUUAUCUGUCGCGUUUUGCUAUUCACUGAACUGCUGUUUGUGCAUCAGUAUUGUAUGUAGUAGUAAUCCAUCUUUUUACAUCUACUUUAACACUCAGCAGUAUUUAUAGCAGUAAGGUUACUAGGCUUACUGAAAAAAAUGAUAUAAAUAAUUCAAAUAAACGAAAACAAAACAAGUUUAUAGAAUCCCAGCUAGUGGGCGAAAGUUAAAGCAUUCACAAAUCAAGAUCGAAAUCGGUCGUCAGUAGCCUUUUCACUUGAUAUGAAAUCUUCGCGCUCUUCUUUGAGAUUGACAACUGUGUUAGCAACCUCGUUCGAAUGUAAAUGUCAGUAUGAAGAGACCCAUAAUUUUUGGCGUAUUUCUAUACCUUCACCUAUACUAGGAACGUCAACUUAUCUGUUGGAUUGAUUCGCCAACUUUUUCUUGGACUUUUUUCUAAGUCCGAAGUGGUACUUAGCUUGGGAAUGGAAACGCUACAUACCUAGCAACGCUCUCUCUAUUAAUUAAGCUACUCGAGCCAACUGGAGAGCAGGCAAUUGUGUGUUCGUAAUAUUAAUACCCUAUGGUGUACCCGGAUUUUUCAGGUUCUUUUUCAACCGCUUAGGUUGCUUAUUCAACUGCAAAGAUCAUUUCAACUUUCACAACCUCGUUUUCUCGAUCUGGCCGCGGUUUUUCAAAAGAUGGAUAGUGAUUUAUCCGAUGGAUAGCGUUACCCACCUUUUGAACAACUGGGUCCUUAACUCUUUCGACCGCGAUUGACCCUUACUCCUUACUCCUCUAGCCGUAGAAGAUAAGAGCGCCUUUUAUGUGGCUGUUUACACACAGCCAAUUGGUACUUCAGAUCUAUUUUCUCUUCAAAGUCCGUUGAGCGCGCGUGUUAAAAAAUAAACCACGGGGGAUUUAUUGCCCGCCAGCGCAAGGGGGUAGGGGUUGCGGAAGAAGACAAUUUAUUUUCCUUUAUCGCGCUCCGCGCUCGCCGAUGUCUUCCAAAAGAACGAAAAGAAAAAUAAAGCAACGUCUGUGUACAGGCUAGGUUUAUUUUGGAUUUAUGGUGUUUGGAAUGAAUCUGAAAAGAAAAAAGAGUACCCGUGGAGGUUUCAUUUAUAGACUGCAAAACAGUCCGUAUUUUUGCGUAUUCAAGUACGCGCGAGCAGCCAAACAAAAGGUCUGGAACGAGGCUGAAAACAGAGAGCGAGACUGCGGAGAGACACUAAAAAUACUCUUCUCGGCUCACGCGUUUCGCGCGUAAGACUCUUACGCGACACUUUACCGAUUACCCCGCGCUUUACCGAUUUCUUUACUGAUUUUUAGAAAGAAACCGACUGUUUUGCUGUCUAUGUAUCAAAAUGUCUGUUUUUCUCUUCAGCAUCCUCAGUUUCAUGACCUUGACUCCAAGGCGGUGCGAUGUUUUUGUGCAGAAGAUGUGAAUACAAUGCAGCGCUGGGUAGUAGGCAUUAGACUUGCCAAGGUAGGUAACUAUGUAACCUGGUUACGCUUUGGUUACUUUCAAAAUGAGUGGGCAAGACACAUUUUUUACUUUUUACACUUUUUUUUCAAUCUUACGAUGUUAAUAUUGUUGUGUUAUUUUACCAUGUUUCUUCAGUUUGGGUAUAAAAUGUUGCUGGAUUAUACUGACACACAAGACGAGAUGGACAAACUCGCCUUCUCAUUGGACAGAGUCACUUUCACAAGGGCAUCAAGUUUCAAUGCAGGAGAAAAUGUAGAAUCCCCAACUAAUAAGACACAGGUUGGUUUGACAUCUCAAAAGCUAUAAGCUGCGCUUACCAAUUCUUCUUACCUUUUGAAGUCAGUUUGACUCUUUCCUCUCAAAUGAAAAACAUUGGGUCGUGAUCACUUCAUGUUGCAUAGAUCUGUAUAAAUGAGUUACCAGAAAAGUUUGCAUUCAAAAUGACAGCAAAUGAACACGAGCAGAGCAAAUCAGCGAUGGACUUCAUUUCGCAAAGAAAUUUGGUUAGAAGACUGCCUCUACCUUCAAUGUUUUAUCCUUUCCCGGGGAUUCUUCACACAGUUUUAAAAGCUAUUCAUUCGUUUAGAAACACCCUCCACGUAGACUUUUUUUAUUUGAUUCAAAUGUUUUGCUGUUGAAUUUUUGGCGUUACUCAAGUGCAUGCGGUUACCAAACCAUGAUCAUUCCAUAUAGUGAUUGCGGCACGGUGGGGGAAAUAUUUUGAGAGUUUUGAAUGGUUUUAUUGUGAAUGUGUUAGAAGGCCAAACGCGGAAAAGUCACUUCACACUAAUUGUCUGAGAUAGUACCGCCAAAGGUUUUAGCCAAUCACAAAGAAGUACAGGCUACUGGAAGUCAAAAGUUCAAAACUUGUUCGGUCAAGAUAGCUAAUUCUGGCCUUUUUUUACGUUUUUUUGUCGACUUCGACUUCUUUCCGGGCCAUAAAAAUCCAGAAAAAGAACUUGACCAAUAAAUGCCCAAUAUCCAGCCGUCGAAACCUAAAAACCUUGGUCAUUACAUGUCUGUCUCAUGUUAACCUCUUUGGCCACGCCCACUGACCUCUGUUCCCCGGUCAUGGUGGCCAUCCUGGAUAGGUCAAUCUGAAAUGGUUUUACUCCUCAUGAUUGUAGGUAGAGCCGCCUAAAGACUAUCAGUCGCUGAAGGCCAAAUCUCAGUCUGAGAGAAUCAAGGACUCUAUUGGGUUAUCGUCUGGACACCCCAGUGGUAAGUGAGGCUCCCCAAUAGGGUUUUCGGGAUGCGGGAUUUCAAGGCCGGGAUUCGGGAUUUUAAAGCAAAAUUGGGGCGAGAUUCGGGAUUGAAAGUAUGCACGGGAUACGGAAUGCCUAAAAUAACCAUUGGCAUUACGAGAUUGAGGGAAGAUUUGGUGCGGGAUGACGGGAUUGAAGCACCUUCUUGGGGACCCUCGUAAGUACCAAGGAAGGUCGCUUUAUUAUUUGUUAUCAUAUCGCUUUAAUUAGCGAGGAUGUGUUGUAGGCCUCCAGUGACAAUUGAAAUAGAGGGAGGGGAGGGAGGGGACGUAUAACGCAAAAGUAGUGAAGACGUUUAAUUGAAAUGGUCUUAUAAGGAGUUCAGGAAAUUCAUUCAUGACUUAGUUUGAACGACAUAGGUAAUUGUGAAAGUAGUGCCGAAGAGGUUUUAUUCAAGUAUAAUUGUCACGCAAUGUUUCAUUUGAAUGGUCACGCAAUAGGGUUUCAUCCACAGACUUAACUAUAACUAAAUUGCAUAACAUUAGAAAUUACCAUGUGAGAGUAUUUCUGAAGAGGUUUUAUUUGAAUGUGACACCAAAGGAUUUGAUUGACAGACUAAAAUUUAGACCUACAUACUAAAAGAAUUACAGUACCAUGUUAAAGUACUGCUGAAGAGGUUUCAUUUGAAUGGUCACAUAAGAAAUUUCGCACACAUACUUGAACAUUAGAACCAUAUACAGCAUUUGUGGAACCUUACAGACCUUACAGAAGUGUAUACUGGUGAAGUCAUCCCAUUUAUAAAGAUAACGCCAAAAAGCUACCGAUUUUAGCUUAUAUUCAGUAAAGGAACUGUAAAUAUUCCAAAACGUUUGGAUUUUUUUUUUCUGUGAGUUUGUGAAUGUGAAGGCACUUGUGUUCUUACAGGUACCAUGAGCUUCUCCGUAAACAAAAGUAAAGUUCAAGCCAAGAAACCCUCCAAGAAAAUUGGCAAUCUGUUCUCUGAUGCUUGGAAGAAAGGCACCGUGAUCGAAAAAAUGGUAUGUUCCACUGAUGUCAAUUUAUACAUGUAUGUUUUGACAGAGACAACCCAACAUUGACACAAAAGAAUAUAUUUUGGUGCGGAUAAUCCAUUUUGCAUUACAUUACAUCACCAAACAGAAUCUCUAAUAGUCCAGUUCCGCGUUCGCUAUGACCGCUGAAUUACAGAAGUGAAGACCCAUUUUUUACAGGCUUAGCCUCCAUCUGAAGUAAUAUAUUCACAAAUUCCACCGAGAAAAAGACCUGUUUAUUACUCUGUCUAUUGUGUAUACAGCUGUUUCGAGAAAGGUUGUCGGAAAAAGUGCACGCAACAAUCCCGAAAGGUAUUGUGGGUGGUUUUGAGUUCACUAUUCUUCAAAGAUAUUUAAAAGAAUGACGAGAGAGGCCAUGGACGUUUGUUUGCUAGUGCUAAAGGAAAGCAACAAAAACUAAGUUCGACAGCUACAGUGUCAGGAACAGUGUAUUGAUCAUAUCCCAUAUUACCUUUCGGGAUUGUCGCGUGCACAUUUUUCUCCGACAACCUUUCUCGAAAUAGCUGUAUUCAAAUUUCAAACACUUACUUGCCGGAAUUUCUGAAUAUUUUACUUUUUGUCGAGGCUAACCCUGUAUAAAGGUGCCGUUAAUGUUUGUACUCAGCGGUAAUUUUUAAUUCGAAACUGGACUCUUGCGGCAGGCGUAUUGAUGAAGAUAAGCAUUCGGGAUAAACACUCCUGUGGUACAAAAACUUUAGACCUACAGAUUUCGCCAGGCAUUAUAAUUCUUAGCCAACAAUAUGAUCGCUGACGUACGGUCAAACCCCUAUUAAGCGACCCUCUGUUUAAGUGUUCACUCUCUAUUACUGUUAAACUCCGAAAGCCGUGAACACUUCAAAAAUUUCAGGAAUGUUAAUUGUGUACUGGCCAAAAAUUCAGAACACGCACGCAAACUACAAAUCCACAAACUAAUUACUGCUGUUGUUUGCGGUUUAGUUAUCUCGCGCCUCAUUGACUAAUUCCUCGCAACACAAUAACAUUCCAUAAAUAUUUCUGGUGUUCACGGUUUUGUGAGUUUCACAGUAACAAGUCACCUGCCCAAUUACCAAUGAUGUUUUAUUUUUUUCUGUGUUGUACCAGAGUACGGCUGGACCACCCAUUUCACCAGACCCGCCCUCAGUGCACAGCACAGGAGGUGACACGCCCAACACACUAGACAGCAGAACUUUCAACAUUGAGAACAUCGGUAUGCAGACUGUAGAUGAAGAAAAAGAGGACGACAGCCCGACCACGGAGCAGGUAGAACAGGUACAGUUUGAGUCGCAACCCACACUGGUGCUUGACCCACCCCCACCCCCUCGCAAGUCAUUCUCCAAGAAGCAACAAGAGGAGCCAAGCCAACCGAAUGAUAAUGUCAGCGAGGAACAAGAAAAGGAACGGAAUGGUGAAAGGAGUAGCAGAAGUUCAUCGAAACGAUCCAGAAAGACCCGAGCGGAGUCACCCCCACCCCCACCACCCUCCCCUCCCACAGAUCGUGCACAAAAACCUCCACCCUCUACUCCCACAGAACCUGCACAAAAAGCUCCACCCUCGCCUCCCAAAGAACCUGCACAACCCCCUCCGCCGCCGCCGCCUCCUCCACCCCCUCCUCCUCCCCCUCCGUUACCUUCUCAUCACAAACCGAGUGGCAAAGACAAUGCGGCGGUCGAUCAUGAACAAGAUAGCAGCACUUCUCCGCAAUCACCGGAUCCUUCAAAAAGCUCUUCAUUCACUCCCCCUCCCGUCCCUCUUAAAUCCGCGACGCCCAGAACCUCAUCUCAGCUGUCAGAUUCAGCUGAUGUAUUCCCACGACCCACUUCACAAACGUCAGACCAUGAAGUGUUUGUCGACUCACUCUCAGCACCUACGUCGCGGCUCUUGUCGACUUCUAUGGAGGAGAUGCCCCCGCCCCCUCCCUCAGGGGACUCUCAAGAGGAUGCAGAUGUCGAGCUUCCACCACCUCCCCCAGCGGUUUUACUUGAGGAAAAACAAAACGUUACCCUUGGCAAUGGAAGAGACAGGAGUACCAGUGGAGGAAAAGCACCACCAGUGGUAAAACCAAAACCAGUCAGGCCACGAAAUGGGAGCACAGGACUACCAGGUCAACCCAGAACUUCGUCCCUUUCCGGUAAUACGUAA